CACGGCCGUGUUUCCGCCCGCCCGUGUUUUAAUCCCCCCCCUUUAAAAGUCGAAUUUCGGCCUCCCCCCCCCCAGAUCUCCAUUUUUUCAAAAAUCACAACCACCUCCCUCGCCGGAAAAUCGGCUCUUCCCUUUUCUCCUGUUGUUUUUUGGCCCCAACUCCUUCCCCCGACCUCCAAAUCACUAACUGCGACCACCGCUACGCUUCUGGCGCCAGGGAGCAUAUUCCCCAAAAGUUUAGUCUUGUUUGGAGGAGGUUGGGUCGGCGGCGGCGAGUUUUCCGACGAGUUUUCCGGCGACAUUGGAGUGUUUUUUCCCUCUUCUUCACCUUCCUUGUGGUAUCCACUUGCGUCUCCAGGUGUGUUUUCGUGGUCUCUUAGUUUAUUUUUGGAGAAUUGGUACCUAGGAUUUAGGUGAAGAAUUUGGGAUUGUCGAAUGCAUUUAGAACGAUUUGGUAGGCCGAUGGCGCUACUUGCUUGCUAUUAUUUGUCCCCGGACUUACUUUCAUCGGCCUCCCUUUUUCAUUUUGAAAUUGUGCUUGUGAAUGCUUGUGUGGACUAUGUGUGGUGAAUGGCCGAUUGUUGGAUAUUCGGGAUCGGAUUGUGUGUUUGUACCAACCGGGGGCCUAGUCCAUUGUCCAAAUCGUUCGAUUUGAGGGCUCUCGGUGUGUUGUUUGUGUGAUGAUUAUGGUUGUGAUUGGCGUGCUUGUCUCACCGGGAUCCUAGUCCGCUGUCCAUAUCUUUCGAUGUGAGGGCUCCCGGUGUGUUUUUGCCUAACAUUGACCAUGUUCGCUUGUAUGGCAAUUGUGCAUCCUUUUGCUUUGCAGGAUCAUGGAGGCCUACCUAGACUAAUUGAGCAUCACUCAGUGCCACCUGCUGCGGACCAUCCGCACCCGCCAUAUCUCCGAGCACCUUCAUCUACACUUUGGGGUGUUCGAGGCGCUUCACGCCCGGCCACAAAUGGAGGCCGUUGUUCGCGCUUAUGGUUGGCGGUGCCUUCUCUGCCUCGCCGAGCCAACCUACCAGGAGCUCGUCUGGGAAUUCUACGCUCUUUUCCCACUCACAGAGGAGGUCAGCCGACCAUGCUGAUGCGGUUCAUUUCACACUCGGCGGGGUUGAGCACUCCAUCAGCUACUGGGAGUUGGCCACUGCACUUCGCCUCAACUCCCCUCACCCCAGUGAGCAUCCUUUGAUCGUGGAAGUGGCCGAUCCCACCACAUUUGGCGACCAGGCCUACUUUGAGCGCAUCUGCCUAUUCGAGUAUGCGGCUGAGCGGUACAUUGCCAGUCAGACGCGGGCCACUCUACUCCGUCCGGAGUGGCAGAUCCUCAACCACCUACUCACCCAGUACUACACUCCCAGCCGGGGCUUGGCCAACGGGGUCACCCACCGAACCUUAAACUUCAUGCACGCGAUGGGUCGGUCGGAAGACACUAUCGAGCUGGGCUCUGUCAUUGCUCGUACAUUCACCAAGGCCUGCGCCAGCCAGGAUCGUUACCUUGUCUGUGACCCGGUGAUCACCGCCCUGAGCCGCUACUACGGGGUCGACACUACUGGGAUGACCCUGGUCGGCGCAGCGACCCCAUUCAGCGAGGCCACCCUCCGACAUCAGCACAUGCUUGCGCGUGAGGGGCGUUUAGCAUGGAUUGCAGGUCUCCCUCGGCCGCCUGUACCUGAUCCUGUCGGGGAUGACCAGCCAGAGUCGAGUUUUGCUGGGGGGGCGUCGUGGCCCCGCCAUCCUGUUCGCAGUACCCAGGCCACCACGGGUCCCUCCUCCGCUGCUCCCGGAUCUUACACCCCUGCGGUCUCCAUUGUUGACCAGUUGGCGGCCAGUGCUCAGCAAAACGAGCGCAUUCUGGCCAUCCAGGAGAGCAUUCACACCCGCCUCGAUCGUGCACGGGACCGCGACCGUCGUCUCAUGUCCGGGAAGCACUACAUCAUGUCCUACCUUGGCCUGGACUCGAACUCAGUCCACUACCCCUUCGUGCAGUCACCAGGAGGAUGACUACCCCCCACCCAUGGUGGUGAUGUGUUCUAGUGGCAAGUGGCGGGUUCUGUACUUCAUUUCUUUUCCAGACUGAGACUCCAUGUUCUUUGUGUUUCUUUCUGUUUUUUUCCUUUGGAUUGUAGACAUGGAACUCCGGUUCUUUCACCUAGUGUGUGUGUGUGUGUGUGUGUGUGUGUGUGUGUGUGUGUGUGUGUGUGUGUGUGUGUGUGUGUGUGUGUGUGUGUGUGUGUGUGUGUGUGUGUGUGUGUGUUGAUGACUUUAGCUCUAUGCCUUGGACUGGUCCCUUCCUAGUCCCCUGCUCUUGACUGGUCUGCCUUCCAGUCUCCGUUCCUAUUCUUCAUUGCACGGUAACAUCGUUCCCCUUCCCUCUGCUCCAUUGAGGACACUAUCGCAUUUAAGUGUGGGGGUGCUUUGUAUUUAUUGGAACGUAUAUAUGUGUGCUUGGAGCCUAGUUCGCUAUCCAAAUCUCGAGAUUUGAGGGCUCCAAGUACUGUUGUUUGCUUGAUCGUAUUGGCACUAUGGUUUAAUUAAUGAAUCGAAUGGCUGUUA